UGCGCGACUGGUUGCCGAGGUACAGAACCUAAAAGCUACGUUUUGAAAGCUUCCGUGCUGCUGGUUAAAUGGCACAUUUUGGCUGCUUGCGUCAAUCCUUCGCGACUCAGGUGAAACUGGUAGUGCUGAAAGAGGCACCCACCAUCCUCAGUUAGGUCACUGGGGGAAAUGCCUGGCUUGCCACCGACUACAAGGUAAAAGGCUGGUCCGUUGCUGUGAAGUAGCUGGUAUGGGCGCGUGGUUCCUGAACCUUGGCUCUUGGCAUCACCCGUUUGGCGACACGCGGGGGCAGCGAUGCCGAGUUUGUGAGUGGCACAAUGGAUGAAUCUAGAAUUUGCAGGCUAGGGGUGAAAGCAGAUAGGUUGUGUGACUCUCAAUCGAACGAUACUCUUCAGCACCAAGACUCAAAUUUUGCUCGCGCAAGUAGCAGGCAUUCCUUGCAAGAGGAUGAAGACAGUAACUGUGUAAGAAAGAACAGGAAUUUGGUGAACCCAGUGUACUGCACGCAAGAGUCAAGAAUGGAGCCUCCUGGGCCAGAUGGUGGAAGAGAUCCUUCUGAUGAUCAGCAAGAUUCACAGUGCAACAGGAACAAAGGAAAAACCUUAGGAAAAGAAGUGUUACUAUUGAUGCAAGCCUUAAACACUCUUUCAACUCCAGAGGAGAAGCUGGCAGCUCUCUGUAAGACAUAUGCUGAUCUUAACAGGUUACCUUUGGGAAUAAAGCUUCUACAAGUGUUUCUCCCAGACUUUGAUAUAAACCUCCAACUGAGCUGUUUCCUGGUCAUUUUCAAGAGGCCCUGGGAGGGUGUCUGGCCAACAGUUUCCCAAGUCAGUGACUUUCCAAAGAGGCUACAUAACUUGGAAAAUAAUUGCAGUAAUCAUGGAUGAAAAGAACAUCUUUUA